CGCGGGGAGAGCAGCGCCGCGGGCCCCGCGCGCACCGGCCCCGCCGAGCCCGACCCCGGGCGGCCGCGGCUGCUAUGCGGCUUCGCGGCGCACGGCCUGCACUGGGUUUGCGCCGACGCCUGCCAGACACUGACCCAGCUGAGGAUUAGGGACACCAGCUCUGAGCAGGGGACCCUGAAAGCGCCAGCUCUGCAAGGGAAAGGGUGAUGUGCCGUGCUCCAGCUGCUGCCUGCUGAGCCUGAGGAGGAGUUUUGGAGCCUGCCUGGGACAAGCAGCACCCCAAUCCCAACGGGCAGCACCAAGCCUGCGACACACCGUAGCCCUUAAGCCAAGGAGACAUCGGACCAAGCUUGAGAGGGAUCAAGGGCCACAUCCUUCCUUCCUAACCCGGUGUCAACCCCGACGGCACUGCCCUCACCCCCCGGCAGCCCCCUCCAGGGCUGCCUCCCCGUGGCGCUGCCCAGCUUUGGCCCCCAGCCCCGCUGGAGCGCGGCAGCCUGCCGGGCGCUGCCCCCCGGGCACUGCCCCCCGGGUGCAUCGCCCCCCGGCCCCCCGGGGACCCCCCGCCUGCCGGCAGAGCCAUGAAGCUGCAGGCGGUGAUGGAGAACCUGCAGCGGCAGCAGCGCGCGCGGCUGCAGCAGGCGCUGGAAGCGCGGCAGCAGGAGCAGCAGCAGCAGCAGCAGCCACCACCGCGCUGCACGUCCCCUCCAGCACAGCCCUCGGGGCAGCCCCCUGCCAGCAGCCGGGGCCGUGGGCAGGACGCGGCGCCCUCGGAGGAGGGAGCGGAGCCCGAGAGCGCGCACAUGCAGCGGGCACAGAUGGCCGCCCUGGCUGCCAUGCGGGCGGCCGCCGCCGGCCUCAGCCACUCGCCCAGCCCGGGGCUGUCGGAUGAGAGCCAGGCCUCUGAGGAGGAGGAAGAGGAGGAGCGCGGAGAGGAGGAGGAAGAUGGCGGCGGGUACCAGCAGGAGAUGGGCUCCGAGGAGGAGGAGGAUCUAAAGGGCAAAUGGGAUGAAGAUGACUUUGAAGAGGACCUGGGUGAGGAGGAAGAGGAAGAAGAGGAGGAGGAUGAAGAGGAAGACUACGAGGAAGAAGAAGACAUGGGAGAGGAAGGGCUCAGCUCGGCAGAGGCGGUGCGGGCGGGUGCGGGAUCCCUGCUGCUCCGCAAGCCCCCAGCACCCCAGCACUACCGGGGGCCCCCACGGCUGCCAGGGGGGCAGGAGCGGCUGCCCCCCGGGCUGGGCCACGCUCAGCCCCCACCACCAGCACCUGACCAUGGCGACUGGACCUACGAGGAGCAGUUCAAGCAGCUGUACGAGCUGGAUGGUGACCCCAGGAGGAAGGAGUUCCUGGAUGACCUCUUCAGCUUCAUGCAGAAGCGUGGGACCCCCGUGAACCGGAUCCCCAUCAUGGCCAAGCAGGUGCUGGACCUGUACAUGCUGUACACGCUGGUGACCGAGAAGGGGGGUCUGGUGGAGGUCAUCAACAAGAAGCUGUGGAGGGAGAUCACCAAGGGGCUGAGCCUGCCCACCUCCAUCACCAGCGCGGCCUUCACCCUGCGCACCCAGUGCAUGAAGUACCUGUACCCCUACGAGUGUGAGAAGCGUGGGCUGAGCAACCCCAACGAGCUGCAGGCGGCCAUCGACAGCAACCGGCGGGAGGGCCGGCGGCAGGGAUUCGGGGGCUCCCUCUUUGCCUACUCACCCAGUGGCACCCACGGCCUCCUCUCCUCGCCCAAGCUGCCAGUGCCGGCGCUGGGGCUGGCGUCUGCCACCAACGGCGGCGCCAUCACGCCUGGCCAGAAGAUCAAGAAAGAGGAGGACUCUCCCAUCCCCAUCUCCAUGCCCAGCCGGCUCCCGGUGUCCCUGGCCGGGCACCCGGUGGUGGCGGCGCAGGCGGCCGCGGUGCAGGUGGCAGCAGCCGCCCAGGCCGCGGCGCUGGAGCAGCUGCGGGAGAAGCUGGAGUCGGGGGAGCCCCCGGAGAAGAAGCUGGCGCUGGUGACGGACGAGCAGCAGCGGCUGAUGCAGCGGGCGCUGCAGCAGAACCUCCUGGCCAUGACGGCCCAGCUGCCCAUGAGCAUCCGCAUCAACAGCCAGGGCACCCGCUCGCCAGAGAACCGCCAGGACGCCGCUGCCGCCAGCAGCAACGGCACCAACAGCAUCAGCAUGUCCGUGGAGAUCAACGGCAUCGUCUACACAGGUGUGCUGUUCGCCCAGACGCCCGGCCCUUCCUCCUCCUCUUCCUCCUCCUCCUCCUCUGCCUACAGCAAAGGCAACGGCGGCAGCAGCCGGAGCAGCGGCGGCAGCGGGGUGGGGAACAGUGGUGGGAGCGUGCCCCCCGCCCCGGCCAGCCUGGCUGUGCCCCCCAGCUCUACCUCCAACAGCGCUUCUUCGCCUUAAUGGCCCCGAGCCUCAGGGCCCUCGGGGGGCCGGGGUCGCACCGGGGCUCUCCGGGGUCUUCUGGGGUCUCACCGGGGUCUCGCUCGAGGUCUUGCCGGGAUCUCACCAGGGUCUGGCCCGAGGUCUUGCCAGGGUCUCUCUGGGGUUUUGCUCGAGGUCCUGCCUGGGUCUCACUGGGAUCUCACCAAGGGUCUCACCCAAGGUCUUGCCAGGGUCUCCUUGGGUCUCAACAGGAUUUCACUGGGAUCUCACCAGGGUUUCACUGAGAUCUCGCCUGGGGUCUCACCAAGGCUCUCACUCGAAACCUGGGUGAGACUGGGGUUUCACUGGGGUUCCAUUGAGAUCUCACCUGGGUCUCACUGGGGUUUCAUUGAGAUCUCGCCCGGGUCUCACUGUGGUCUCACCACGGGUCUCACCCAAGCUCUUGCCAGGGUCUCUCUGGGGUCUCACCCAAGCUCUUGCCAGGGUCUCAUCAGGAUCUGGCUUGAGGCCUUACCAGGGCCUCUCUGGGGUCUCAACAGGAUUUCACUGGGAUCUCACCAGGAUUUCGCUGAGAUCUCUCCUGGGUCUCACUGGGAUCUCACCAGGGUUUCACUGAGAUCUCUCCUGGGUCCCACCAGCAUCUCACCACGGGUCUCCCCCGAGGUCUUGCCAGGGUUUCUCCGGGGUCUUCUCAGUCUCUCGAUGGACCCUGCCCUUGCUCUCGUGUUGUUGGAUUUUCCUUUUCCAGGCAGAAAAGCUUUAGCCCGGGGGGUUUUGCUGGAGCCGCCGGCUGUCCGGCUGCGCCGCUCCGGGACCGUUUACCUCACUCACAUCACACUUUGCACUGUACAUUUAUUAUUAUUAUUAUUAUAAUUAUUGUUAUUUUUUAAACUCGUGUUACCUCCAGACAGACGCACGGACGCCUGCCGACGCGAGCUCUAGCGAAACCCCCCCGGAAUUCUAAAGGAAAAAAAAAAACCAAAACAAAACCAAAAAUCUUAAAAAAAAAAAAAAAUUGGAAAUAGGGAGAUAUUUUAUUCAUUUCCAUCUUUUUCCCUCCUUUGUUUUGGAAACUCCACUUUCUGCAGGAUUUUAAGAGGUUGUUUUUGAUUGUUUUUUGUUGUAAAUAGCUUCUAUUUUAUUCUCUUAAAAAAAAAGAAAAAAAAAAAUCAAUCUUUUAACAUGCAAAUGAUAUAUAUUAGUCUUCAUCAGGGAAAAUGGGAGCUUGGAAAAAAGUUGGAAUCUCCUUUCUCCUCUCCUUAUCGGUGGUUGGGUCCAGCUCUGCUCCUUCCCCCACCGCCAAAUCCUAAUUUUUAUUCCUCCCCUUGCAUAAAACUACUGUUUAAAGCCACUUUGGGCUUAUUUCCUCCAAAACCAAGCAGGAUCCAGAGGAUGGGGAUGCUCGGAGCUGCAGGACGCUCCGGAGCACACAGACAACCCGAAGGACCUGAGCAUUUUAUUUUAAACCUCAACAAUCUCAGUUUCUUUUAAAUAUUUCCCUCCUCCCCCUCACCCCAUAAAAAAAAAAAAAGAAAAAUUAUUCACCCACAUCUGCGUGAGACACAAUCCAAGCCGAUACCGAAACCCCCGAACCCCCCCCUCGGUAUCUCCGUUCUCAGGUUCCCACCUGGAGCACAGGGUUUUUCCCCCUUCCCCAGGUGCCCCCCAACCCCAACCUUUAUUUUUCAUUUCACUCGGGGAAGCGGCGAUCUCAGGGGAUUUGGGGUUUUUUUGGUGGUUUUUUUCCAGCUGUUUUUUGGUUGUUUUCAGCCAGGUUUGGUUUUUUUUUUUUUUUCCCAUGCUGGAAUCCCCUUGGUGGCUCUUUUGGUGGGGGGGUCUUGGUGGCUCCAUGGACCCAUUUUUGGGGGGGCCUGGGAGGGUCCGUCCAGCUCCUGCUGCUGUUGGGGUCCAGCCCAGCUCCCUUCCAAGGGGGAAUUUUCAUGCCCAGGGCAGGUUUAGAUUUUCUUAGUGAUUUUUUUUUUUUUUUGGCAUUGUACAGUCACUAUUUU